CCUGCAGCCAUGUCGGCCGCCGCGCGCAGACGCCAGGCAGCCGGGGCGCCGCGAGAAGCCCCCGCUGGCGGAGAUGAGGAGCCGGGCAUGGCGGCCCCGAGCCUCAGCGUCUGCCUCAAGCUGCUGGCGGCGGCUCUCUACGGGUUCAGCUCCUUCCUCAUCGUGGUGGUGAACAAGAGCGUCCUCACCAGCUACGGAUUUCCCUCCUCACUAUGUGUUGGACUAGGCCAGAUGCUGGCCACGGUGACUGUGCUUUGGGUGGGAAAGGCACUCAGGGUGGUGAAGUUUCCAGACUUUGAUAGAAGUAUACCUCGAAAGACGUUUCCACUACCUCUUCUCUAUUUUGGGAACCAAAUCACAGGACUGUUCAGCACAAAGAAACUGAACUUGCCCAUGUUCACAGUUCUGAGAAGGUUUUCUAUUCUGUUUACAAUGUUUGCUGAAGGAAUUUUACUCAAGAAGAAAUUUUCUUGGGGCAUUCAAAUGACAGUGUUUGCAAUGAUAAUUGGUGCAUUUGUAGCUGCUAGUUCUGACUUGGCAUUUGAUCUAGAAGGAUAUAUUUUUAUCCUGAUUAACGAUGUCUUGACAGCUGCAAAUGGUGCAUAUGUAAAACAAAAACUGGAUUCGAAGGAGCUGGGAAAGUAUGGUCUGCUUUAUUACAAUGCACUGUUUAUGAUUCUUCCCACCUUGGCCAUUGCCUAUUUCACAGGAGAUGUGCAAAAGGCAAUGGAAUAUAAAGGCUGGGGAGAUACACUCUUCGUUAUACAGUUUACACUUUCAUGUGUAAUGGGGUUUAUUUUGAUGUACUCCACAGUUCUUUGCACUCAGUAUAAUUCUGCUCUUACAACUACAAUAGUUGGCUGUAUUAAGAAUAUAUUAAUAACCUAUAUUGGAAUGUUUUUUGGAGGAGACUAUAUUUUCACGUGGACAAACUUCAUUGGGUUAAAUAUCAGUAUUGCUGGAAGCCUGGUGUAUUCUUACAUCACUUUUACAGAAGAGCAAUUGAACAAGCAAUCUGAAGCUACUAUCAAAAUGGAUAUUAAAGGAAAAAGCUCAGUAUGACCAGGGGAUUACUUAUAAGAAGUAACUCCUUGUUUUUGUUCAACGAUGACUGGCAGUAUACAGUAAAAAUAUAACAACGUGGGUGUCUGUUAUGGAAUAAUGCUGGUACUUCGCAUUUGCACAAUCUAAAUAUGCUGCCUUUUAAAAAUUUUUAUUAAAAAGAGAUUUAUAAUUGACUGCACAUUAAAUAUACAUCUGGUUAAUUUAAUCUAGGCUAUGAGGAAUACAUCUUUUGUAAUUUAUUAUGACCAACUCUGGUGGUAGAACCGUGCACAGAUGAUGUAAACACUUCAAUUUUAUAGGAGUUCAUCAAACAUACUGUUAAUGUUCUUAGAUAUAGUUUUGUUUUCUUGUAAGAAAACUUGUCCUAACCUAUCAGGUACAGAUUAGCUUGCAUCUGGGUUGUCUUGCAGCUAAGCAUAUCAACGGGCAGUAAUAAAUAUUUUUAAUUAGCUUUUAGGGUGAAUGAUUGACUCAGCUCCACCCCCUUCAUACUGUCUAAAAGGGCCAGGGUGAUGUCAAGGGUCUCAAAAAGCCCUAUGUCCCUUUCAGGGGAGAGUUCCUCAGUUCAGGCACAUCAGGCUGCCUUCGGAGGAACCUCUCACAAGUCCUGGUGUGGCGACAUGCCAGUUGUGGGGAUGGACAGGUUGUAUUGGGGGCAAUGUUCCCUCUAAUUUUUGAUAGGCCGUGUGCACAAAAAAUUUCUUCUGUGCAAAUUGUGCUUCUGUGCAAAUUUUUGUGCGUGCGGCGUUUCGCCGUGUGCGUGGGGUUUAGGAUCUGUGUGCGCGUACACAGCUUAGAGGGAACAGUGAUUGGGGGUAGGGGAAGUGUUGCUGUAGCGUAGAGCCAUGUGGAGAUUCUGGGCAGUGCUGCAGCCCAGAAGACCCCUGUGCAAAACGACUGCAGCUUAGAUAAGCCCCCGGGGGGUGGAACAGGGGAAGACUCUCCAGUUGCACACAAAGAUGAUUUAAAGCCAGCAUAGCUCUGUGCUGGGCUGCAAGUUCUGUGCUGUGCCUCAUGGAAUCUCACCCCUUAUCUCAGAAAAUGCAAGCUAACAGAUUAGUUUACUUUAUUUUCGAGAAGGAAGCUACUGAAGCAGGGUAACAUUUAUAGACUUUCACGAACUAUAAGACCAGCACAGAUCAUGAAAAGAAGAUACAUAUAUUUGGCAAUUUUGAUUUCAUGUCAAUAUUAAGCUUUCAGAGGAACAAGAAAAAGGGAAAGAAAAGAAACCAUUUUCUCUAGAGCGGGAAUAUAUACACAAAUGGAGGGAGGCUGAAAUGUAACUCCUUUUUUAUUUUACUAAGGAAAGAAAUGGCUCUGCAACCUUGCAUAUGCAAAUACAGAUCCUUCAGCAGAAGUAUCAAUUCUGCAGUACACUCUUAUUUCAGUCAGUCAGUCAUCCGGUUUUAAGUUUUUGGCCAAAACAUGCUUGAAUAGUCAAUGAUUUUAGUAGAUGUUUAAUUUUUUUCAUGAACUUUUAAGCCUGUUCUCAUUCUGCUCAGAUUCUGCGUGCCUCACAACAGCUUAGUACCUCUUUUUGUAAAACUGAUGUAGGGUGGUGAAACUCGAGAAUAGAUGGAGGGAUGAUGGUACACCACCUUCCAAUUUUACAUAAUAUAUUGGAGAACUCAGCGGGAAAGAAGUAUUGAAUUAAAAUAAGAGCUAUCCUGCAGUCACACAUGAGUGACUUUACUUACAUAAGUAGUCCCACUGGACAACUUAAUAAGUAAAGCUACUCACAUGCAUGAGUUUUUGCAGGGUAAGGCCUAGCACUCAUUCAAAAUCAAGUGAAAAUCUGUGUCUAAAAGACUUUUUAAAAUGAAUUAAUGUUUUUGAUUCCCUUCCAGUCCCAGUACCAAGUGUGCCCCAUUAUUCUGAAACAAUAGUACAAGAGUAAAUUUGAAAUACGUUAUCUUUUUAGUUUAGUAAAUUAACAGUUAAUCUAUAUAUAAUAUUUUGUGCAGCUACAGGUUGACAGGUCACCAAGAAUGAAUAUGUUAUCUCAUAGUAGAGAAAUACCCUUACUCUUCUAGAUGAUGUCAAGUUAAUUCAUUAAUUGGUACAUUUAAUUUGUACUAUUAUGUGAUUGAUACAGUUCUGAUGUUUUAACUUUGUCCAAAUUUUAUGCUCUGUUCAGUUUAUUUUUGGAUGUAGUAAAAUUUCUUUUACAUUGUGAGCUGUUUUUAAUGGAGAAAUAUUUUUAAAAUGUCAAGCAGUAUUGAUUUUUUUUAAAAAAAUUUAAAAUUGAUGCAAUAUUACUGUCUAUCUUCCUCCCUUUGAAUCUUUCUUUGGUUAAAAUUGUACUUAUUUCUCCACAAUUUAUUCCUACUCCUACCCUUCACUUACAAGAAGAGACUUUCACAGGCAAUUAAUCUAAUUACAUUUGGAAGGCUAUUUGGUGGAAAACUGAGUGACAUGGUGUUAUAGAAACAUUUAAUCAGCAUACUGUGUAUUACAGUAUGUAUCGACUGUGUUUCUUUGGCAGUUUGCAUUGUUAGCUAGUCCUCCAUUUUAGAAUGCUUAAAGGUAGCCUGCUCAUCUAGUUCUUGUUUUAAUUGAGCUAAAUGGAAAAAUUGUGUAUGAUACCCAUAUACUGAAGGGAAAGGAUGGGGGAGCGUUCAACACAAAUGAACUUACCUGAUGUGUUCCUGCUUUUGCUAGCUUCCUAAAAUCACUCAGCCAGCUCCUGCUCUACUGUGAUUCCUCACUGUGUUCCAUAAUGUGAUGGCACACCUACUAGUGUCACCCAAGGGGGCUAUCCCAAUAAGUGCCGUUUAUGUGUGGUGUGGUGCAGUUUUGUAAAGUCACUUACCUUACCCUAAAGGGCAAUAGACUUUGCAAAAACACUACCCCUUACGCCAGUAGUUUGAAAACAAUCCCUUACUCUUGUAGGCCAGCUCCAGUUUAGCAAUGGCAGCACAGCAGAAAUUAGUUUUUUACAUUAUUUUUUGUGCUGAAUGUCUCUUACUGGGUCUUAUGGAAUAUUUUAGCUCAUAUACAAAACAAAGGCCUUGCAGGAAAUCUUAACAUACCCCCCCCCCCAAAAAAAAAAAAAAAAAAAAGAGAAAAGUAAAAGUAGUAAGCUAGGGAACCAAAUUGUCUCUUUAAUUUUAGCCUGUUGUGAUCCCCAUUCUUUUUAUAAGAUUUGGAUCUUUAUUUAAAUACUAUAGUCUCAACUUUACAUGUGAUAAAUGUGCCCGUUUUUAAACGUCAAGGUCAGUAACUCUGUCAAAAGAUGGUUUGCAGCUCAGCUCAUUCUGCUGUGAACUUCAAAAUAUUUUGCCAAAUUCUUAUUUCUUAUGUCUCCUUGUCCUCGCACCCUCUGUUGCAGGAAUCUGGAACACAUAGCAUCAUAAUGCUACCAUCUGGAAGCAAGGAUGCAAAGAACUGCUAGAUCCUGCCGCUGGACAUAUAAACCUCAGCACCGUCCCUCAGUUUCCCUUUCCUCCUUUGGAAGCGUGGACCCCUUGCCUCAGCUCUCCUGCCAUCUCUUUUCACUUUCUCUUUUGUGGGAAAUUUAAAGAAAAAAUAGGACAGAACUGAGGGGUGAGGAGAAUGGGGAGAAAGAGAGAAGUAAGAAGCCAGCAGCAGUUUCUCUGCUGGAGGAUGGAGAGUUGAAGGCAGAGCAAGUUGCUGUUCAGUUAAGCACCACCGUGCAAGGGGGUUUCAUCUGGGGCCAACUGCUCAAAUGGAUAAACAUAAAUGCCACCAUUCAGGGAUGGUAUGCCCAGUCUUCAUUCCACCUUUAAAGUGGCAGUGGCAGCUUCCCCUCCCUAGCCCUUGGCAGGCAUCCCUCCUCUGAAGGGCCUUUGCGGACCUCCUUCCCAAAUGUAUUUCUAGUCCUGAAAACCCGGUCUUAGGCAAGAGGAACCAAGAUUUUGGCCGUGAUCUGCUCCUGGACUUAGAUCAAGCCUCUGAGCCCCCUGGUGGAUCCUAGUUCUGAUGCAGAUAGCAGUGUCCCCUACCUGGAGACCCCCAAAGAUACUGUUUUCAAGCAUACAUGGCUCUUUGCAGAGGAGGGGGUUAUCUUUCCCUUCCACUCAGCCAUCCUGGACCUUGUGUCUGAGGAUUGGAACUGCGUGGACCAGUGCACCCAAGAGACUCGUCCUAAGGCUAGAUAUUAUCCUGUUUCUCCUGAGGAACCAGACAAAGUAUUUGCUAUUGCUAGGGUGGGUGCAUUGGCCUUAUGUCUCACUUCUAAAUUGUUCUCUUGUGGAGUAUAUGUCCACCCUAUGGACAAGACUUGGGGUGGACUUGGCCCUUAAUACAGCUUAAAAGCUCAUAGCAGUGACUUUGCAUAUUGCAGCCCAUUUUCCUGUGGGGCCUAAGGUCUGUAGGUGGACCUCCAGAAGGAUUUCUCCUCUGAUUUUUCCUGUGACACCAGAACUACGAGGCUUUCUCCACCAUCCCCUGUUCUAUAGAAGCCGCUUCCUUUUUGUGUGAAGCUGCCUGCAUGGGGAGUUUCCACUGUGGGUCAGAGACACAUUUGGCUUUGGGAGUGGAAUGCAGAUGAGGGAGCAAAGUCAAAGCUGGCCAGUCUCCCCUUUUAAAGGGCUUGAUAUCUUUGUCUAGAUGCUGCUACCAAGAAGCAUGUGGAUUCUUCCAAGAACCACCCCGCAUCCUCGGUGAGUGUGCUCCCUUUUACCCUUUGUUGAAAGCCUGUGCUCAGGUGUAGGCAGGAGUCCUCUUCAGUACCCUUUGACAGGUCAGCCCUUCGUUCUGUGGGAUUCAGGUCUUUCUUGGGCCCAGGAGGCUGCUGUUUAAACACUUCUUUCCCCUGCUUUCCCAAAGCAGCCCAGCUGCGCUCAAGCCAGGGUCACCCCCAUAGCACCCCCAUAGCACAUCAGCCCUGCCAUUGUUGGAAGUCGUUUGCUGAUAUUUGUGAAAAUGUGAGCCGCCUCCACCUCAGAUGCCUGAUAACCUUACUCAAGCUCCUUCAGCCUCAUGUCUUCUACAGUCUCAGGACCUCUUGCCUCAUGUGGCCCAGAUCACCAGGGACAAAUAUUUUUCCCACCUGGGAACUUCCCCAUCUGGAUACAGUCCUGAAUUCUUCAGUAGGAAAGUCUUUCAUUCCCCUGGCCAGAUUCCGUUCUUUUGAGAACUCUGUCAUCAGUCAGAGUGCUCCUCCCUGGUUCUGUCUUGGAGCCUCCUUUGAUUAUUGAGCCAUGUUGCAGCCUGUGUGGAUCUCCUGGGUGGGGCUCCACUUUUACCCCCUGCAGUCCUUCUUCCUAUCCAGAUGGCAUUCCUGUUCCUUCCUUGGAGAAUAACACUCUUUCUUCCUCCUUGGAAUCAUGUGCAAAACCUGCAGCUGUUUGCAUGGCUCUCCUUUCUAUUCACCCUGGCCCCAUUUGUAUUACCACUGAUGCAAAUCUCUUGGGUUUAGAGGGGGCUCACACCUGGGCAUUUUGUUAACUUAGAGCCUCUGUUAGGUGGAGGAACACACAUUCGGUAUAAAUCUCCUUGAACUGCAGGCUGUGUGUCUGGAUCUCAUAGCUUUGGAAUCCUUAAUUCUCAAUUCCCAUAUCUUUGUUCACUGGAACAACUGCAUGACAGUGGAGUAUGUCAGUUGCUGGGGGGGACCUGCAGGACCUCACUCUUGGUGGAGGCAUCCCAUCUGGGAACCUGGAUAAAGACAAGUCUGCUCUUCUUUCGGGCCCUUUAUCUGGAGGGCAACAGUACCCUUGCUCAGCCACAGCCAUUUGGCUCCAGGAGAAUGGAGCCUCCCCCAAGUUUUGAAGGCCAUUUGUCGAAAGUUGGCACCAUAGCCAAGUUUACCUGUGUCUGUUUCCAGCCCCUGGGCUCUCCUAUAUGAUGCAUUUGCAUGGCGUUGGAGUGUCAAGAGCUGGGUUACUGCUGCUGCUUGAAAAGCUGCUGGAAAAAAAAUCAGGUAGGACAAGGCAGCUGUGAUUUUUUGGUAGCUCUGAGGCACCCACGGUUCUUGGUUCUGAUGAAUCUUUUCAGCCUGGUGCCAGUUCAGGAACAUCACUGUACUGUUUCGGUUGCUUCAAAACAUGUUUUGGAUUUUCUCAAGAAAGGUCUUGGAGUCCGUGUUUUUACAUGUGCAUACCUCAGCCAUCCACUAUCUGUCCCUGAUUUAUGUAUUGUGAGAUGAGAACAGAGUAAGACGUACUAUGAGAAAAAACUACCAAUUGUUGGUCAUGGUCGUCUUCUAUCCUAUGUCCGGCUCUUCUCCCCUCUUGGGGGAUGUGCUGCUGCUGUCUGUAUAUUGUCCUCUUCUUUCAACUCUUACACAAUCUUUUAUUCUCUGAUAACCCCCCCCCUCCCCUUUGCUCUGGAAGUAUCUCUAACUGAAGGGAUUGGGUGUGGCUGAGGCUUAUAUGCCCAGCGUUGAUGGGGGUGCCUUGCGUUUUUUGUUUGUUUGCUUCCAGAAGGUGACACUAUAAUGCUAUUUGUGCAUAAUUCCUGUGUCAUAGGAUAGGAGAAGAGACUGUAGUAAACAAUUACAAGGUAUGUAGUUUUCCCUUCUGUUGUGAAAACUGUCAAUAUAGAAACGACAUUAUUUCUGUCAUUCCACACAAGAUACUUGAAUAAUUUUUUGGGGUUUGGAGCUGAAUGGAUAAAUGGUGUUCUGUUUGCACCUUUGCAUAUUUAGGUGAAGCGUCCCCAUUUUAAUUGGUGGGAUCUGGGGUUAUGAAUGGAUUUAGUUAGUAUAUUGUAUAUGCAGAAUGAGCAUAAAUGUGGGGUCUGCUAAUUCACUGAUGUUCUGUACUCUCUUCCCACAUCAUAAAUGUUGCUCAUCAUUCUUCACAAUGAGUUGUUAGCUGGCACAGGCUAGUUGAACUAGUGGAUUAUACUGUAAAAUUGAAAAGAUUCAUCCUGGAUCUUUGUAAGUCUGGGAAUCUGCAAUAUAAGAGCCUUAAUUAUGAUAAAAUCUGGAGAAGCUGCUUCUGCAGAGUAAUAUUGUCAGCUAUACACAGUAUGCAAAAGGCUGUAAGACCCUUCCCUUUCUUCCACUUCCUCGGUAGUCUUGUUUAUGGUUAUUACUGGAUCAUGUACUUCUAACCAUAAAUUGUUUUCCUUUUAAACAUGUAGAUUUUAAAUUUGGUAGAAGGAAAUUGUACCUGCUUGACAGAUCUUCUCCAUUCCUAAAUUAGCAUGCAGGAUGGUCUGCUUGUGAGGGGGGAAAUAUAUAACAUGGGAGUGAUUUUUUAAAAAAAAAACUUGAAAAAAUAUUCCAGUAUUUCAGUUUCAUACUUUCUUUCUUCAGCUGAUAGACCAGCUCGGAAAUUACUUGUUCUAAAAUCCUUUAUAUCUAACAAGACCAUGGGAGAGAUCCAAACGCCUCUCUGGCCCUUUUAUGCUGAGUUAUAGGGCCAUAGCAGUGUAAAGGGGCCUUAAAAUCCUCAUUCCAGUUGUUAAAGGAUUCCUCCAGGGUAGGCACUGAGGAAGAUGGCCAUAGGCUCUUUUUUGGGGACCCUCUCGCAAGUGCUGGUAUAGGCAAUAUGCCAGUGGUAGGCGUGGGGUAUGGAGGGAUGUGUCAGGCAGAAACGCCAGCAUCAUGGAGAUUGCAGGGCUGCCCUGAGAGAUUACUGUAAUUUAGACAAGCUUCCAGGGGUGUCUAAACUACACCAGGGGCUUCUCUAGUAAAGGGAGGGAGGAAAGGUGGUUUAAAUCCACCAUAGUGCCCCUUCCCCCCGGGACAGAGAAUUCUGUGCUGCUGCUCUUAGAGGAGUUUUUUUUUAGCGAAGACAACUACUUCUCAUCAAUAGCUUAAAAAUCGGAAUAUUUUCAAGUCACUUGUUUUGUCAUCUUGCUGUACAGAGGCAUUUGGGUCAGGAUGUUUGUUACUGAGAAUUUUUACCAUUCUUUUAUUUUUAAAUCUACUGGUUAGAUUUAUUGUCCUGUACAAUAUUCUUAAAGUUUAUUUUGUUUGUAAACGUGCACUUUUUAGUGCCAAUGUCCAGACAGUAUUGUAUACACUGGGAAGGUGAACAAAAGUAAUACAAUAGUAUAUUUUCUAUGCUGCUGUUCUUACUAUAAAUAUUUUUUCUAUUUCUAUAUAGAUUCUAUUUACAAAGUGACCAUUUUAGUGUUAAAAGGGUAACCUUUUUCAUUUGAAUGUACUGCAGGCUUUAUAUCUGUAAGUCAGGUGACAGCAAAAGGAGUUUUAUGUGCCUUUGUAUUUUUUGUACUGGCUUUAAAUAAAUUCUUUUUUCCUGAAA